CCGAAAUGGCGCCAAGUCGGGAACAAUUGUGGUUUGCCGAACCCAAGCCUAACAGCUGGAAUGCACACGGAGCAGAAGCUAUUCAUUAUGCUAGAAGAGAAAUCAAUUUCCAGCCCGGCUCAGCCAGGGCGUUCUAUAGGGACACCCGAAUCUCGACAAACAUGCUCGAACCAAAGCAAAUCCACAUCUCCGAAUGACUGGCCGGUACAUAAAAAGUUGGCCAUCGUCGUCGCAACCUUUCUCAGUGUAAUCAAUUCCGGCAUCGGGACCUCGCUGCCGAGCAAUGCGGUCCCCUACAUCAUGCGGGAGUUCCACGUGGAGGAUGCCACACAAAGUAAUUUACCAACUUCAGUGUUUCUCAUCGGGUAUAUUGUCGGGCCACUUGCGUUUAGUCCCUUGAGUGAGACCAUCGGACGGCGUUUGGUGCUGCUGCCUACUAUUACCGUGUUUACUUUGUCGACCGUGGCAUGUGCGUUGAGUCCGAAUUGGGGAUCGCUGCUCUUCUUUCGUUUCAUCUGCGGAACCAUGGGCUCUGCGCCUCAGACGGUUGUGGGUGGUGUAUAUGCGGACAUGUUCUUUGAUCUCAGAGAAAGAGGUAGAGUGAUGGCAUUCUAUAUGGCGUCAGCUAGCUUUGGGCCCAUUCUGGGUCCAAUAAUAUCCGGUUUUGCAUCGCCCUCUUAUGGCUGGCGAUGGACGUUCUGGAUUGGUUCAAUAUUGGCGGGCUGCGCCUGGAUCUGCCUGCUCUUUAUGCCCGAGACCUUCGGGCCGGUUUUGUCGCGAGGCAAUGCGACUGGAAUGGAGGAUACAGCUUCAAAGAACACUGUCAACGUCGUUCAGAUCGUCAAGCGACCUUUGGCUAUGCUGCUCUUCGAACCCAUUAUUACCUUCACUUCGAUAUAUAUCGCGCUGGCUUACGGUCUUGUGUUCUUCUACUUUCAAGCUUACCCAAUAAUCUUCGAAGGUUUGUUCCCUCUUUGUCUGGUCAUACAACGCAUGCUGACUUGGCAGAUAGUCGGCGUCGGUGCAGCCUCCACCAGUCUCGUCGCCCUCUACUGGGAUAUGACCUAUGACAAAGCCAAAAAACACAACAAACCAUGGCGCUUCGGUGCAGAACUCCACCGACUCCCUAUAUCCUGUCUCGGCGCCGUCCUCCUCACGGCCAGCUCGUUCUGGCUCGCCUGGACUUCCCGAGCAGAAGUCCACUGGGCGACCAUCUUCGUCUCGCUGUUGACGUACGUGACCGAUGCUUACAAGAUAUACUCCGCCAGCGCGCUGGCCAGCUCGGUCAUCCUGCGCAGUGUUCUUGGGGCGCUGUUGCCGCUGGCUGCUAAGCCGAUGUACGCGACAUUGGGGGUGAGCUGGGCGACCUCGCUGGUUGGGUUUCUGAGUCUGGCGUGUGUGCCUAUUCCGUUUGUACUCUUGUACAAAGGCGAGGGGGUAAGAGAGAGGAGCAAAUUCUGUCAGCAACUGAUGAAGCAGGAAUGGGCGAAUGGAAGUUCGGAUACAGAGCGCGGAAUACAGGGUUGAGGGGGGUAACGGUGAGGUAUAAUGACUUAUGAGAAUAGUCUAAUUAGAUAUUAAAAGUUUUAGUAUAAUUUUUGGUUAUAGAAAAUGGCAUUUGAAGAGAGCGAACAAUGGAAUCCAAGAGCUCGAGACUCAUUUGAUG